AAAAUAGUAAUAACCACAAGGUGGAGACUGAGAGUGACUUUAUCCCACAGCUCCCGUCCUCUUGCUGGCAUUAGCCUCAUUAACGCUGGAGCAGACGCACAGCUGACAUCUAUUGUACUUUUCACAUUUUCCCAUCGCGAUAAUACACGUUUCUACAGAGUCAGAAAAUGGGUAAAGGAUGCAUCACCGCCACCAAGUACUUCCUCUUUCUCUUCAACUUAAUCUUCUUUAUCCUUGGAUCUACGAUUAUGGGAUUUGGACUGUGGAUCCUCCUAGACAAUCAGAGCUUCAUCGCAGUGUUGCAGGAUUCAUCCAUUGCCCUGAAGGUGGGCUCCUAUAUUCUGAUUGGUGUGGGCUCAUUCUCCAUGAUUCUGGGAUUUCUGGGCUGUCUGGGUGCCAUCUAUGAGAUCCGCUGUUUGCUUGGAUUGUACUUCACCUGUCUGCUGCUCAUCCUUCUCGCUCAAGUGGCUGCUGCCGUUCUCAUCUACUUCCAACGUGAUGUGUUGAGGAGAGAGACGACCGGAAUCGUGACCAAAAUUGUGGAAAACUACCCUGGAGAGAACAAAACCACCGAGCAGGCCUGGGACUACAUCCAAAGAACAAUGCAUUGCUGUGGCUGGGAAGGAAAAGUGGAUUGGGAGUCAAAUCAUAUGAUAAAGAACAGUUCUCUAAUUUUGUACCCAUGCUCCUGCCAUAAUACUUCCAUCCCACCUGUAAAUAUCUCACAAAGUGGCUUCUGUGAGGCUUCAUCUGCAGACUGGCCCAUCUAUGACAAGGGCUGUCUGGGGAACGUGGAGAGCUGGCUCUUCACAAAUUAUGGAGUUAUUCUUGGAAUUUGCCUUGGCGUGGCUGUCAUUGAGCUCCUUGGUAUGAUUCUGUCCAUGGGCCUUUGCAAGAUUGUACACCAGGAGGACUACACCAAAGUGCCGAAGUACUGAGGAUCCAUGGACACACAGAAAUGAAUCCUUUCUUAUUUACCUGGAAAACAGAUCUUGUUUUUUUUAUUACAGUACAUAAAGUGUUUUCAAAGAAAAACGUAUGAUUUGCGAAUAUGAACUGCAUAAGCUCACUCUUCAUCAGUACCAAUAUGUAAAUCCACUGUGAUAUUUAAUUAGAUCUUUUCAGUGUAGGUUGAAUAGUCCCACUGUCUGACAGUCUAAAGGAUAAAACAUAAAAGCUGUCCACAUCAAUGAAUCAAAAGCUUGUGAUGAAUCCUGGAGUCCCUCAGUAGUCUAUUUAUACAACAAGAGUCUUCACACGCAGGCUGCUCUAUUUGCUUUGAUGUUUACUCUGCCCAAACUAUGAGCUAACAGCCUGUAUAACUUCGGUUUAUGCUUUAUUAAAAACCACAAAGGCCUGCUUUUGUCUGAUUAAGGGACUUUCUGUUACAUAUUAGCAUGUGUUCAUUUUGUGAAGUAUAAAGACUGACAAAACUUGCAACUCUGUCCUUAACAUAGUCACAAAUAAGAAGGUUUUCUGUGAUAUUUCUUCAUUUAUGUUUGUACAUCAUUGCUGUUUUGGGUUUUGCUUAUUUUUCAUUAAUGUGUAUAUAUUUUUUAGCUUAUAUUAGCAUGUUGGUUUUAGGUCUGUGAUAAAUUUGAAAAAAAUGAGUUGAAAUUUUCCCUUUUUUGUACAGAGGAUGAUUUUUUUGUUUUUUACUUCCUUUAAUUGAGCAUCUUUGUAAGAAGGUACAAUUUAAAGCUGUCCCUUGAUGAUUUGCACCAAACAAUUAUUGGCGUAGCCUCCAAAGCUGACUGCAGUUUUUUACCUUUAUUGAAUCGAUCCUAAUUUAAUGAUUUAAGAAAUGUCAUUGUUUCAUUAAUUGUUAUACAGCAAAAUAAGCAGGGAAAUGCUAACAGUAUUUUUUUCAGUAAUAGUUGAUUUGCAUAUGUAUAAUGGUAAAUUUAUAAUUGAAGGUACACACUUAUUUUACAGUUUAAAAGAAAAAAAUCCUAUUUUUAAUACAGGGAAUACAGUCCAAAUAAUGAUAAAAUGACAGAAGUAUUGCAACUACAUGUACCUUUCUUAAGAUGAAUGUGUUUCAAUAAAAACUCACACUUA